GGUAAAGAUGCCAACGAAAGCACUCCAAGAACAAGAGAACAGUGGCAGACUUUGAACUGACGGCAAAUAUCAUAUUGUUGCCCAAAUCAUCAUGAAACUGGUUAUUAAUACACCUAACAUAUUUCCAACAUGGUGGGCCACCAUGAUAAUUUCCCAGGAGGGCCCCGUUCAUCUCCCCACCCGCCCGUCAUCUUCAACCCGGACUUUUUUGUGGAAAAGCUUCGCCAUGAGAACGCCGAGGUGUUCCUGGAGCUUGUGUUGAGCAACAUCACUCGACUCAUCGAUCUUCCAGGCGUCGAGUUCUCCCAGCUCCUCGGCGAGGAUGGGCCUAAGACCCCUGGGUUCUUCCGCUCUUUCAACUUCCUCAAACGCAAAGAUAAAAGCACCAUGUUUGGGCCUGCAAUCUCUGAGAGUGGUGUUGCUCACAUAUACCGACUCAUUGAAUACCUGAGUAAAAAUCUACAUGUGGAGGGUCUGUUCCGGAUUCCAGGCAACAGUGUGCGGCAGCAUGCCUUGAAGGAGCUCUUGACCAGCGGCAAAGACGUUGACCUGCAUUCUGGAAAUUUCCAUCCUCAUGAUGUAGCAACACUGCUCAAGAGCUCUCUGGGGGAGCUGCCUGAGCCUCUGCUCACGCAUAGACACUUCCAUGCCCACCUCAAGAUUGCUGACAUGACACUGCUGGAUGAGCAUGGUAACAAGACAUCUGUACCCAACAAGGAACGUCAAGUGGAGGCUCUGCAGCUCCUCUUGCUCCUCCUACCCUCCACUAACCGCGCACUUCUGAAGAUGCUGCUGGACCUCCUCUACCACACCGCCAAGCAACAGGAUGCCAAUAAGAUGUCCGCAUUCAAUCUGGCCCUUAUGUUUGCCCCGCACGUGCUCUGGCCACGACACAUGACAGCCAAUGACCUGAAAGACCACCUGAAAACCCUGAAUAACAGCAUGGCCUUCCUCAUCAGAUACUCACAGAAACUCUUUAGGGCUCCAGUGUACCUGAGGGAACAUGCCCGAGCGCAUUUCAUGAAGAUAACCACCAUGCGGAGCAAGGACGACCUUGAUCUGUUGUCACAGAGCGGUUCACCCGGGCGGCAAGUUUCUUCCCCACUGAAGCGGCGGGUGGUCCCAGCUAGGAUCAAGGGUCCUUCAGAACAGUGCCAGUCGCCUGCUCAGCAGUACACGGAAGAGGCGCUUAAGGACCUCUUCAAGCACGUGCACCACAACAUGCCUGAUUCAGCUAAGAAAAAGAAACUGGUCCGACAGUUGGUCAAACAAACUGCAGCAGUUUCAGCAACCAGCCAGCAAGACGGGACCAGCAAGAAGCGCCCAAGGUCUCGUUCCUUCGCAGGACUAAUUAAGCGUAAAGCUCGAGCUGAUCAGCUGACGCCAGAUGCUGUCACCAGGGCAGUGCACAAAUGUGGCAAAGAGAAUGUUAUCCUACAGCAGGUAAAAACUCCACUGAAUGACGGCAAGCAGUGCAACGUGGGGCUGGUUUUUAAAAACCCAGACUUUGACUUUAGCAGGGACAACGCUGUAAAAGUGUUCAAGGACACGCCCUCAUCCGUGGCCAGAUUGUUCUCGUCGCCGCAGGAGGUUUCACUGUAGAUGCUCCCGGCGCUACCACCUGCUGGUCUCCAUGGCGACGGCUUCACGCUGCAGCUCCACCACUGUGACCUUUUCAAGAUUUUCAUCCGUCUUAAUACUGUAAUAUUAUUUACACAUAUUGGAUAUUUCAUUAGGUAUUCCAAUUUAUACUAAUCAGGGUUUCCUUGUGAAAUGCCUGGUGGUGUUCCUGACUGACAUCUUCUAUUGUGUUUUUUUUUUUCUUUUUUAGCAUCGAUAAAAUGUUUAGCUUUUUGGUACUUUGGGGAUUAAAUCAGUCCAUUCAAUGACAUAUUUUGAAAACUAUAUUGUACAGGAAGCAUUCAGGAACUGUACUGUUUAUAAAAAUUGACUGCUAGUAAGAUUAGCCAUGACAGAAAUUUGUAAAAACAAAAAUCUUACAGCUAACUGGGAUUGCCUAUAUACUUUACUGUUGCUAAACAACUAACAACCGUCAUUAGUCUUUGUGAACUUUGCACUUUUUUUCUUGAACAUUACCAUACAUGAAUCAAUAACCACUAGCUAUUUUAGCGUUCACAAGAUGUGCUGUUUCAAAGUAAAACCUAGAUUACAGGAAGCCAAACCAGAAAGAACCAAAUUUAGCUUUCAAGAACUGUGCUGUUAAUGACGACUACCAUACAGGAAAUAUUAAAGUGGACUAUUUAUCAACGAAAAUUACAAUGCACAAAAGGAUAACUGCUGAUUAGCAUGUAAUUCAAGGCUUGGUUUAUAAAUGAACACUAACAUGUAAUGGUACUUUGACCACUAGCUGGCUAGUGUAGCCUUGACAGAUUAGGUGAUUUGAUUACAAUCCCCUCUGACCAAUAUGACAUUUAAUUUUAUGUAUUUGGGUGUGGCCAAUGUAUUGACACCUGCUGCCAUUGGAACCUGCCUUGAAUUGCUUUUAGCAACAGGCAGAGUCGUUCACUGCAUGAUAGUUUACAAGAAAUUUGCAAGUACUGUUUACGUGUAUAAUUGCUGUUACUGGUUUUAUUUUGUUACUCACCCCACCUCCUAAAAAAGUGUAUCUUUUCCUGAAUUUGGUCAGUUGAAGGAAGGAAGGAAAAAAUUUUGGGAGUGAGUAAAGGGGCAGACAUGUUUGUUUUGUAGUCAUAAAAUGGAAAAUGGAGGAAUGUUGAUGGGAAAGGAAGUGGGAAAUCGCGUGAUUUAUUCCAAAGUCGAUGAAGGUAAGAGCCUGUGAUUUGGCGGCUUUUUCAGCAUGUGUUGCGCUUUUUGGGUGCUCGAUGGUGUGAAAUGAGCAUUUUGAUAGUUUUCCCUCUGGUUUAGGCUUGCAUGGAGAACUCUCAAGGAUUUGAUAUCCUACUAGAGCACUCAGUUGUCCAUAUACCCUUUAUGUGGUUUGGCUACCCUAAUAAGGCCACUAUUGGGAUUGACUUGUAAUGUUUUCCACAAAUGGAAGAUUUUUAUAAUGUUACUAGUAGUACACAAUUAUUAGCUAGCGAGUUUUUCCUCACAGUUAACAUGAAGUUAUAAUUUGCCUGACCAUUAAAUGGUCUUACCAGUGAGAAAAAGGAACAACCUUGUACACUGGCAAUUAAAUUCACGAGUAGCAUAUCGAUUGUUUUGAUGGCUUGCUGGGAGGCUGCACUGCUUGCGAUUUGGGGAAAGUUGUAUGCAGGUUGAGUUAAUUGUUUGUCGAAUGUGUAAAAUGAACCUCAGCAUCAGAAUUGACUAAUGUGUCUGCAUUAAUAUACAUUCUUAAUGUUUACCUGUGAACUGAGUUCUUAUGUAUGUGUUUUUUUUAUUUUUGUUUUUUCAAUGUGAAAUAUUUUUA